UUUGCAAGGCAGCAGGACUGAAAAAAGUCAGCCAGAGUCGCGUCCAAAACCACGAAAAGGUCAAUAGAUUUCCAUGCGUGUCAUCCGCCGACGCCACGCCAGGAUGCCAUUGGCACCUUCACGCCACCGCAACUCCACAGCUUUUAAUAGUGCGUACAGCCCUCCGGUCUCCGUUGCUUUUUGAGCACAGAAGUUUACCGGGCGACCUGACGACGGGAGCCGUCACGCAUAAAUAUAUCCACCGCUCCACGCUUCCUCUGAGGCUAGCACUGUCGCUUCCUCCCUCCUCUCGAGAACCUGCCCGCGCCCUCCCCCUUCCUCCGUAUAGUUCGAACCGAAACAACCGAGGCACAACGCCGGAAUCUCCAAAUGGCCGAGGACAAGGAGACCGACUCGCCGCAGCCGCCAUGCAAGCUCCCCCGCCUCUCCAGCGCCGACCCGAACGCCGGAGCGGUGACCAUGGCGGCCUCGUCGCCACUGGUUCUUGGCCUGGGCCUGGGGCUCGGCGGGGACAGCUGCGGGGAGCGUGAGGCGGAAGCAUCCGCGACGGCGGCAACGGCACACAAGGCUAGGUCUGCGCUGACGUUCAUGCAGCAGCAGGAGCUGGAGCACCAGGUACUCAUCUACCGAUACUUUGCCGCGGGCGCGCCUGUGCCGGUGCACCUCGUGCUCCCCAUCUGGAAGAGCGUCGCCGCGUCCUCCUUCGGCCCCCAGCGCUUCCCCUCCCUGAUGGGUCUGGGGAGCCUGUGCUUUGACUACCGCAGCACCAUGGAGCCGGAGCCCGGCCGGUGCCGCCGCACGGACGGCAAGAAGUGGCGGUGCUCGCGCGACGUGGUGCCGGGGCACAAGUACUGCGAGCGGCACGUCCACCGCGGCCGCGGCCGUUCAAGAAAGCCUGUGGAAGCCGCCUCCGCAGCCGCCCCGACGCCGAGCGCUGCCGCCGUCACCCGCGGCUCCGUCCACAGCGGCGCGUCCCAGACGGGCCUCGGCUUCUCCCCCACCAGCGUCCUCGCCCACAGCGCCGCGCGUGCCACAUGAGCACGCGCCCACUGUCCCUACCCCGCCGCGGGCCGCGUUCUGUCUUUGGCUUGCGCCCCGCGCCCGGGAUGACGAGGGAAAACGGAAUCCGCAGGGAUUACCAUGUCGUUUGCUGUAACUUUUUCCUCCUCUCCCAACAUUUCGAACCAGUUUGCGCCGUUCGAUGGCAUGCGUUGCGCUGCUUCUCUUGUUAUUACAUGCGUUGUUACGCCUGUGCUUGUGCGCCUGUGGGCGGUGACACCUGUAGCAGGGCAGGCGAUCAUUUUCUUUUGUUGGGUUGUGGGGAGCGCGCCGCGCCUCGGUGGUGCUGGGCUGCUGGCGUGGGUGGGGGGCAUGGCUUGUGGUUUCUCCUGGGGACGCGCGGAGAGAGAUAGAGAGGGUGUGCAGCGCUGCACGCACUACUGACCUGUCAGACGCUCGGGCAGUGUGAGCGUUGGAUGCUGCACUCUGUCUGGGCGUGGCGCAGACGCAGUGGGCAGUGGCCCCGUCGCCCAGCGCAAACUCCCGACUGACUCACGUCUCACGUACACGUACAUGCAGGCAGCGGAACGAAGCAUCCUCUGCUUCGCUUGAACAUGCCCUUGCCGCGCGGAUACGUCCCAUGCAAAGUGCCAACCCGAGUUCCGGUUUGAUACUGUAUA